CGCCGUCGUUCGAGGAACGAACAUCAACAUCGUCAAAGCAAGAACCUUCCUCGCCCGUAGUGCUCAGCUCGCAGCUCAGGAGCAGUACAGUGUGUAUUAUUUAUCAAUCAGUCGCAGUUCGCAGAAGGUGAACGGUGUUGAAUAUUGCCUUUAUUUUCCUCCCCAUUAUCAUCCAUUUGUUGGUGCUGUGUGCUACGACGCGUAUUCAAUUAUUGUAGUGAGAACCGAAACGACAGCUAAAAGCUACAUACAGUGCCAGUGCCUCCUGUGAUCUGUCCGCGUAGAGUGAUUCUAGAACCGCGCGAUCAUCUGACUGACUGUCUCGGAAAUUCUUCGCAAAAGUAGGCGAUUACAAAAUGAAGGCUCUGCUAAGCUUUGCCGUCCUGCUGACGGCCGGAUUGGCGAUCUGCGGUGCUCAAAACGAUGGUCCCGUUCCUCCAGUCGACCCACCAACCAGUGCACCACCACCCCCUACAACAAGUUCGACUGCAGCGCCUACUACUCGCACAACAACUACUACGACAACUACACCAGAGCCUCCACACACAACGACGUCAACUGUGGCACCGACAACUACUGCUGCGCCUACUACAACAUCACCAACAACAACAACAACAACUGAACCACCAAAGCCAACGCCAGUCCCGGAGCCCGAAGUAGGCAGCUGGACCUACGUCAACGCUACCACCAACCAGACUUGCGUGAUGACCCAGAUGGCCCUGCAGCUCAACGUCACCUAUCGGGAUGCUGCUGAUAAGCCUGCAACCGUCCUGUACGAUGUGCCGAAGAAUGCCCGCGUUGUGAACGGCUCCUGCGCCGACAAUGACCAGUUUAUCCAGCUCUUGUGGGGUCCGGAAUCCGUCGAGAAGAACACCCUGACGGUCAGCUUCAGACGUAACACCACCGAACACGAGUUUGCCCUGUCCGGAAUGAGCUUCUACCUGGUGAUUUUCGGAGAGCAGUUCCCCAAUGCCAAGGACAACCAAACGCUCACCCUGGAAAAUAAGCAAACCCUGUUCAAGACCCCGACGGACAUGUCCUACCACUGCAACCGGCCCCAGAAGCUCAACUUGACCGCGAGUGAUAACUCCACUUCGACCGUGACCGUCUCCAAGCUGCAGUUCGAGGCGUUCCACAACAAACAGAACGCCAAGUUCUCGAUUGCCAAGGACUGCGAUGCCAUCGACACGCCGGACAUCGUUCCGAUUGCCGUCGGAUGCGCCCUGAUCCUGCUGAUUGUGAUCGUCCUGAUUGCCUACCUGGCCGGACGCCGAAGCACCCGAUCCCGGGGAUACGUAAGCAUGUAAGAUGCGCGCGCGCGUGUAUGAGCGUAAGCAUUGCUUGAUACCUUCCGCGAGAAUGCUCUUCUGAUCUGAGAAGAAUACCAAAAUCCAUCGUUCGUGCACUGAAAAUUGCCGAGCUCGGGUUUAGGGUUUCCGUAGAGUAAAAUUUUGGUAGAAAUUCAUCAGGCUUGAGCUAAUAAUUUUUGAAUAUUUGUAACAUUUGUAAUGUUUGCCGAAUCGCGUUACACUUUUGCCGACCCUCUGUAUAUUCUAACCGAUCUGCGGUAAACUUUUACCGAAUCCGAGUGUAAUUUUAACGAACUUACUCACUGUCUUCAUUUUACGGGAUGCGAUACGAUUCUGGAGCGAGACAUCAAGUCCAGAUCUGAAAUUAAUCAAAUUCUGUGAAAUUUGACCAAAAUCCGUUAAUUUAGAUUAGCCGAACGUUCGGUUGUUUAUAUUACGAUGAAUUGUACCAUAUCCUGUGAAAUGAAAUAAGUCUGUAGGCAAAAAUUUACCGAAAUCCUAAUACCGAAGUCGGCAACUUCAAAUCAGUGAAACAUCUCAAAUAACCAGGUCGUUUUAACAACAAGUGCGUGUAAUAUGUGUCCAUAUGCGAAUCCAGCGGCGAAGAGCAUUCAGAACUGAGAGAAGAAAAAUUGGUGCGAAAAAAAGUUGGAGAUUUCGUAACAGUACCGCAUAAGAAGGUGUACUGUUCAACAAUAUUAUUGUUGGAAGCGAGGGGAAUACAUGCAUUGUUUCAUCUCGUCUUUAUUCGUUCUUUAAUCAAUUCACACAACAAA